AUGAGAAAAAGUUAUAAAUAUCGUUUGUAUCCUAACCAACAAGAAAGAGAAAUAAUUGACAAAACAUUAGAGACUUGUCGUUGGCUCUAUAACUACUUCCUAGCCGAAAGAAAGAAUAAAUACGAAAAAGAGCAAAAGAAAAUCAGUUAUACCCAGCAACAAAACUCUUUACCUAAAUUAAAAGAAACUAAUCCCAAUCUCCAAGGCAUUUAUUCCCAAGUUCUCCAAGAUGUAGCCCAACGAGUUAAAAAGGCUUUUCAAGGCUUCUUUUUGAGAUUAAGAAGUAAGACAAGUAAAGCAGGUUAUCCAAGGUUCAAAUCUUUUGGGAGAUAUGACAGUUUUACUUACUCGCAAAAUAAUAACAGUUAUAAAUUAGAGCAGGGAAAAUUAAGAUUAGCCAGUAUUGGUAAAGUAAAAAUCAAACUUCACCGAGAAUUGCCGGAAACAAUUAAAACUUGCUCCAUUCUAGUCAAAAAUGGCAAAUAUUAUGCUUGCUUUUCGAGUGAAGUUGAACCCAAAUUGCUACCAAAGACAAAUAAAAAAGUAGGUAUUGAUUUAGGCUUAACUUCCUUUUUGGCUACUUCUAACGGAGAAUUAAAAGAAGCCCCCAAAACUUACAGAAAAGCCGAAAAAGAGUUAGCCAAAGCAGGUCGGAGAGUUAGCCGAAGGAUUAAAAAAAGCAAACGGAGGAGAAAAGCCGCCCUUCUUUUGGCUAAACAACAUGAAAAGGUUAGUAAUCAAAGAAAAGAUUUGGCUCAUAAACUAGCCAAGGAAUUAGUGGAAAAAUAUGAUGGUAUAGCCUAUGAGAAAUUACAAAUAGGAAACAUGGUAAAAAAUAGACAUUUAGCCAAAAGCAUCAGUGAUGCUGAUUGA